ACCCAACACCCAGUCCUUCUGCAACAUCUGCUACUUAUAUUCCACAAACAUCCACAGCAACCCUAAUUGCUAAUAACAGUAGUAGUAAUAGUGCUCAAAGCACCAACUUGACCAGCAGCAGUUACUAUACUAGCAGUGGUAACAGUGUUAAUAAUAAUAAUAACAACAACAACAACAAUAAAGUCAAUAACAAAAACACAACACUCGUCAAAUCACUCUCCUUACAAUCGGUUUCUUCGGUUGGCACAGGCCUUAACCACCUGUCCAAUGGUCAGAUGCACUCAGAUAGCGAUCUCAGCAUUAAAACCGAAGGUCACCUUAGCGAUAAAGAAGAUUCAUCGGCUAGCGAAGCCAACGGCAGCGUGCUACUAACAUCGCCGACAACGUCAACCGCUAGUUCCCUCUCGCAAACGCUUGUUACCACCUCAUCAACCCAGGCAGUUCCGGUUCCAAUCAGCAGUACCAUGCUAUCCUACUCUUCUGCUGCGCACAUUAACAGCUACAAUGCAGCCGUCGCUAGUAUGCACGCUCAGGCACAAGCACAGGCUCAAGCGCAAGCCGUACACGCCGCCCAUGCCCAGGCAGCCGCCGUAGCACAGGCCAAUCAAGCUGCAGCCGCUUCCGCACAAUACACCGCACACUACACCGAGGCAGCUAAUCUUGCUAAAGAAGUCGCACAGAAGAACUACGCUAACGCUCUCAAGAUGGCGGCCGUCUCAGGCGCACUCACCGGUAAACCAUUAACCGCCCUCAGUUAUACCGGAGUAUCCUUGAACAAGUCGGGACUUCUUCAGCAAAAUCAAUCGUAUCUAACUGCUGGCGCCACCGCAAUUGCCACUCCAUCAGCAGCUACUACCGCUUAUCCGCCACCUCGCAUCGGUACAGCGGCUAUGGCCGCUGCCACACCGCAGCAAACAUUACUGCCGGCACUUACACGCCCACCUCCGCCCAUUUUAUCACAGGCAGCCUACACACAAAUGCUACGCCCACAGGUUCCCGCUAACAUGGUCACUAAUCCGUACGCAGCUGCCGCAGCCGUCGCUCAGCAGCAGCUUAUGAGCCAAAGCCUGAUGUAUCCUACCUUCCAGACCGCCGGAGGUUAUCAGUUCGGAAGCCCAAUUCACACGGCAAUCCCGACUGCUAACCUUACUGCAAUUCCCGGUGCAAUCCCCCAAGUGCAACAAGUGGCCGCUAAUUCGACACCAGGCAGCGCAAUGGUACUAAAUCCUUACAAAAAAAUGAAAACAUCGUAAGCUGUCAAAUCUCAGCAAGCGAAAGCCCCUCUGUGCAACGCAUCAUACGCACACAUGCAUACAAAUCCACGAAGCCAUGCCAUAAAGAAAACUAAAGCGACCACCACGCACGAAUGCAACCAUACUCACAAACACCAACAUUCAUCUCUCACACACACACUACUGUACUCGUUGCCAUGUUUUAGCGGAAAACUCGCACUCUAAUAGAGCAGAAAUUCGUAUUAAUACAAUAAGAAAAUAAUGAUGAUAGUGCCUGAAUAUAAAAAAAAACACUUGAGAGGAUAACGGAAUUUAAAAUCACCAUCAAUAUAGUGGAAACAAACAACAGAGUAACACCAUUUUAUCUAGAAGCAAACAAAAUACCGUUAUUUUACAUACACUCACUCACACAAUCACACAAGAAGUAAGAUCAAUCAAAUGUAUAGGAUAAGAAACCGAUCGUUCUCGAUAAAGGUUAAGCAUCCGUAAGAAUAGCAUCAUUUUUGAUUCGUUUCGUUUCGUCCGGUACUACUUACUACUACUACUAUGACUGGUAGUAACUAUAAAUCCUAGCUAAUAUUAAGUGCAAUUCGUUUAUUUUUUGUUCGAAACAAUUGGUUUAAAACCCAUGCAUGUCGUCUCGAUUUUUUAUAUUUGUUUAACUUGUUUUUCCUUCCGAAUGGUUUAUGUUACAUUACGGGUAGUUCGUGGAGAAUAAACGCAGCACAACAAUCGAAGAUUGCCGAACGAAUGAUAUGUUUUCAAGUCGGAGAUGUUUUUCUUGCAAAAACAAGGAAAAAUCAAAAUAAAAAAAAACUGUGAUAGCUUCACACAAAUACAUGCUGCGCAAAAAAAAGAAAACAGAACGAAUCAAAGCAACGUGCGGGAAGUGAUGGCUUCAAAUCGCACACAUAUACAGACGCACUCACGCACGCACACACGAAACGCAAUCAGCACACACACGUUCUGCUAGCUACCGCGCAGAACUCUAAAAUGUCAAAAAAAGUAGUUUUUGUUUAGAUCAUUUUGGUUAGUUUUUUGUUCUCCUCUAUUUAUCGGCUUGUUCGGUUUGAAUAGCGUCUUGUUUAAUACAAAAUGAUAGCAUUAGUAGAAAACAUUUAGAAUAUAGGCUCUAAUAACAACAACAACAAAACCAACAGUAAGUCAGAUUUUGAAAACAUUGUAGUCAAGUAGUGGAAACCAGCAGCACUGGGUUCACGUAAAAUGUGAAGUUUUAAAAACAAACCUAGAAGUGCAUUUUGUUUAUUUUGUUUACGAUUAUGUUUAAAAACCCGUUAGGUUCGCGUAACAUUUUAGGAGAUUACUUCUACGGUAGGCAAGAAACUGUAGAUUUAUAGGUAAUUACUUGUAAAUAACUGAAGAAUUGAUCGAUGAAAAGAUAGUUGUGAUAAGAUUGUUUGCUAUACCUUCGAAUUGAUUUAGUGUUCCUUGAUACUUAUUCAUUUACUAUUUUUAUGCAGAAAAAAAAUACUUACAGAGUUCGUUGCUAUCCAUAAUAGAUUGUAGGAUUUACGAACCGGCAAUUCUGCUGGGAAAUUUACAUUAUAUAUAUGAGUAAACAAUAUUCGAAAGGUUGUGUAUCCCAUAUAGACAGUUGAUUGAGCACGGAGAAACAAAUGCCUACUCAGAUGAACAAAAGGAGGAAGAAGAAAGUGGCUCUCCCGACCGAAUCAACUGUUGGUAACUAAUAGAGAGAAAAAUCUGAUAAAAAACCAAACCAAUACGAUGCUUAGUGACUAUUAACACUAUUACUACUGCUACUAAAACUACUAUCACUAUUACAACGGCUACUACUGUUGCUGCUACAGUAAUUUUAUAUACAAAGUAAACCGAUGACAAAAGAAAUAAUAAACGUGAAUCAAAUUCACCAAACCGAAGCAAACGAAAAGCUCGAGCAACGCUAUUACUACUACUAUUACUACUACUAUUACUACUACUGCUGCUACUAUUACUGAUGUCAAAGAAGUGUAGAAGAAAGAAGUAAAAAAAACAGUGGGAUAUUGUAAAGUAUCGCCAGAGGUACAUAACGGCCGUGCUAGUAAAGAGUGACUCUAGUAGUUACCUAUUUCACCAGUAACAAAAACACACCCACAUACACAUUUUCAUAUUAUAUAGUAUAUAUUUGUACAUGUUUGAGAAAGUUUAGGAUAAACCAGAACUUCUGCACGUACACGUACACAUACUACGCCUACCACGUUCAGCAUAUACAUACUCGUACUCCCAGGCAGAAUUGAUUUUACGCGUGUUUUAUCAGAUGAAGUAAACAAAAAAAAGUAUCGUAGUUUAAACCCACUAGUGUCCUAUUGCUAAACAAAAACGUUGUAGAAUUGUACUCACCUAGCGAAAAAAAAAACAGAAAAA